CUUGAUUCCACUCGGACGCAUUACGGAGUAACACCGGAAGUUACGCCGAAAGGCGCGAAUAAUGUCAACAAAUAACUGCAUUUCAUUUUGGCUGAGUUUUUCUUUUUAUUAGUAUUAAGCUGUGUAUUUAUGUCAAUGUAUUUAUUAUUUACUGGAAAAAGAGAGUGUUUAACACUAACUUUACGAAUGUAAAUUGAUACUUUAGUAUUUUUCAUUUUUUUACAAAGUCAUGACAAUUUGAAUGUUAGCUAACCCGAUGUGACGUUUUCUAUUUAGCUAGUUUUGACUUAGAAGUGAAAGUAUCACUCUAGCAAUUCCUUAAAACUUUUUAAAAGUUAUGUUAAAAUUACACUGGAAUCUUGAUUAAAUACUAUCUGUAUUGCAGCCUUUUUAGAGGACUAGUUUAAGCGGAUUUGUAGAAGACUCAACAUGUCCAAAGUGGAAAAGGAGCGCUUCAUUGUGAAGUUUGUGGAGAGUAAAAGAUCCAAUACAGAAUAUGCUGCUAAAGCCUAUGAGGCCAUUUUGGAGCUGCAGUCUGAGAAGUAUUUAAAGAAGGUUAAAGAGGAAGAUGUUUUAAAGAUGGAAGAGAAGGACAAGUCUCUGUUUGUUUUCAGCAGUUUUACAACUAAAGCAUUUCUGCACUGCAAGAAGCUUGGCUGCAGAAUCGUGAGCCCCUUGGUGGUGUUGUACUGCCUGCAGCAGCAGCGCUGCGUCCCAAAAGCAGAGAAGCCCGUCUAUAACAUGGCCAUGGCUGAUGUCACCAUUUCCUGCACCAGCCUGGAAAAAGCUGCACGAGUGGAUGUGAUGGAUCUAGUGCAGCUCAUGGGCGGACGGGCCUGUCUGGAUCUUAAUGUGUCCGUCACACAUUUAAUUGCAGGAGAGGUUGGAAGCAAAAAAUAUCUGGUGGCCGCCAACUUGGGUAAACCCAUCCUCUUACCCGCAUGGGUCAAAACCUGCUGGGAAAAGUCUCAGGAUUGUCUUUUUAGAUACACAGACUUGCCUCUGGAUGUAUAUUUGUGUCCGGUGCUGAUGGGCUGCACUGUUUGUGUGACGGGCCUGUCCAGCGCAGAACGCAAAGAGGUGCAGCGCGUCUGUGAACAGCACGGCGCCAAAUACACCGGCCAGCUCAAAAUGAAUGAGUGCACGCACCUCAUCGUCAGUGAACCAACAGGUCAGAAGUACGAGUGCGCUCGUAAGUGGAACGUGUACUGCGUGUCUCUGCAUUGGCUGUUCGACAGCAUAGACAAAGGUUUCUGUCAGGACGAGAGCCGGUACACGGUGGAGCGCCAGGCGUCACACACCAACCGACCGCACACCUCCACCCCCACUGGCAACGGAACGAAAGAAGACGGUCCUUCGCUUUUGGGCUUGAGCAACAUUUCUGUCAGCACCAGCGUGGCGGUUAACGACACGGCCUUCACCAUCAGCCGCCUGGAAACGGCGGACCCCAUCGAGGGUUUGGAUCUCACGGUUUGUCCUGCUGAGGAUUUACUGGACGGCUGUAAGCUGUAUUUGUGCGGUUUUCCACUGAAGAAGCUGGAGAAGCUGCGGCGUCUCGUCAACAAUGCCGGAGGUUUGCGUUUCAACCAACCGAGCGAGGAGCUCACACACGUGGUGAUGGGAGAGCUGGACCAGGAGCUCAACAAGUUUCUUCCUAAAGCAGUUUAUAGACCUCACGUCGUCACCGUGCAGUGGCUGCUGGACAGUUACUCCAGAGGCAGACUCCUCCCUGAAGCCGAGUACUUGCAUCCCGACUGUCUGCCUCCCGACUCUACACCUGUGCCCGCCGCUCACGUGGUGAAGCCUCGGCUUUCUGCCGGUCCACCUCUCUCCAGCCCCGUCACGCCCAAACAAAGCCGGCUGGAGGAGGACCUGCUCUCCCAGUACAUGGAUGAUGAUCCCACCGUGGUUGACAUGCCUCCACCAGCUGCUGAUUGCAGCAGCAGGAAGUCUGUCGCUGCAGAAGUUCACCCUCGGCCUCCCAGCCUCUCCAGAGGAGCGGAGCAGGACUCGACUCUGCAGGAAUUCUGCGGGACCGAACUGUUUUCUGGGAAGUCUUUUCUUUUCGUGGGCUUUGGCGGCGAGGCCGAGGCGCAGCUUUCCUCGCUGGCGAUUGAACACGGAGGAAAAGUGCUGGCUGGCCGCUCUCGCGUGGUGGCCGACUACGCCGUGGUUCCUCUGCUGGGAUGCUCGGUUGAGGCCACAGUAGACGAGGUGGUCACGGACACGUGGCUGGCCGUGUGCGUGGAGAAGGAGAGUGUUCUGGCGCCGUCCUCCAACCCGCUGUUCACGCCUGUGGCUGUGAGGGAGGGCUGCUUUCCUCUGGAGGGCUGCGUUCUCUCAGUCAGCCAGUUCAUCGGAGCAGAGAGGGAGUCUUUGAUCGAGCUGGCCAAGCAUGUCGGAGCCGAUGUCCAGGAUUACUUUGUGCGCUUUGCCAUUAAGAAGAAGGGCAUGGUGGCCAGCACUCAUCUGGUUUUGCAGAGUCCAGACGGCACAAAGUACCAGGCAGCAAAGAAGUGGGGCCUCCCGGCUGUGAGUAUGCUCUGGAUUCUGGAAUCGGCCCGAACGGGACAGAAGGCAGCAGAGGAGAAGUUUCUGGUUGAUCUGCCUCCUUCACCAGAGAGGGAGGACGAGAGCUUCGUUGGCGGUUCCCAGAAACCGGCUCCGGCGGCUCGUAACUCUCCAGAAAUCCCUCUGCCGGGUCCGCAGAGCGGAAAAGCUGUCACCCCUCUAGAUUUGGGUCGCUUUCAGAGCAAAGUGUUUCGCUCCGUUCUGGAUGAGAUGAAGCCCAAAGACGGGCUCGGCACUCCCAAAGAGAGCAGCAAAAGAAAGGAGGCGUCGCUGCAGCUGGACACGCCCUCCCGCUUCCUCAGCAGAGAUCAGCUCUUCCGGCCGUCCUUCAACGUCAAGGAUGCACUCGGAGCUUUGGAAACGCCAGCCGGGAGGUUGAAACCCGGCGAGAAGGCGGAGACUCCACUGACCGACGUCGUCAACAGGAAUCUGAAAGUAGCUUUGGCUAAUAGCUCAAGGAAUAAUAUCUCAGAAAUGGAAGCAGUUUCUGCAAGCCCCCAAUUGGGAAAAUGCACCAACGAGGAGAAGGAGCCACAGAAAGAAGCCGGACCGCUGGUGGGAGUUGUGGUCUGUGUGGGAAAGAAGCUGAGCAGAAUGCAGACUGAACUGAACGCCGUCGCCGCCUCGCUUGGAGCAGACUUCAGGUGGGCUUUUGACGACACGGUGACGCACUACAUCUACCAGGGCCGGGUGGGCGACAACAGCCGUGAAUACAAAGGAGCCAAGGAGAGGGGGGUGCAUGUGGUCUCUCAGUGCUGGCUGCAGGCCUGUGCUGAUGAGCAGAGGCGAGUUCCAGAGUCCCUGUUUCCUUUCACCUACAACCCUAAGAUGAGCCUCAACCUGAGCCAGGUUCCCAGCAGCUCCCAGAGAUCUCCACCUCUAACACGAACACAACGGAGAGACGCUGCUGCAGCCAAGCUGAGUUUUUCAGAAGAAGCUCCAGAUCUGCGCCGUGUGAGUGAUGGAAGCGUGGAGCCGGAAGAUCUCGAUCACUCAGAGAGGACAGAUACUCUGGAAAUGAGGGAGAACCUGCAGAAACAGCUGCAGGAGAUCAUGUCAGCCACCAAACUGACGACAGGCAGACGCACGUCCGUCAGGCUGGCGAGGAUGGGGUCAGGCGGCGCCGACUCGGGCCCCCACACACCUGAAGGGAGCCGAAUGGGACGGAGUGGAAGCAGGAGAACUCUGGAAGCGCUCAGAGUUUCCAGGGAAGCAGCUCUAGACGUGAACACGGAGCCGUCGCAGAGCGAGCAGAUCGUCUGGGACGACCCAACAGCCAGAGAGGAGAGGGCCAAGCUGGCGGAUAACCUGCAGUGGCCCGGCAGCCCCUCGCAGUACUUGGACCCCCUCGCGCCCCCUCCGCCCUCCACGGCAGAACCCGGACCACAGAUGAAGGACUCCAUGACCGACUCCGAGCUGGUGGAGAUGGCUGCCUGCGACGUUAUUGACCAGCACAUGGGGCAGAAGCUGAUUACCCCCCCGUCAGAGGAGGCAGACGACGACAUUCUCACGCCUAAAGCUCCCAGCAUCGCUUUUCCUCUCGCCAAACCUGCAGUAGCGCCCGAGCCUCCGAAAGAGGAGGAGAAGAAAGAGAAGCAGCCCCCCAGGUUUCAGAUGUCGUCCCUCAGCCCUCAGGAGCGCAUCGAUUACAGCCACCUCAUUGAGGAUCUGGGGGGCAUCGUUCUGGAAAAGCAGUCGUUUGACCCCAGCUGCUCCCACAUCAUCGUUGGGAGUCCUCUGCGUAACGAGAAGUAUCUGGCAGCGAUGGCAGCCGGGAAGUGGAUCCUGCACCGAUCCUACCUGGAGGCCUGUCGCUGCAUGGGCGGAUUCAUCCAGGAGGAGGACUUCGAGUGGGGCAGCAGCUCCAUCCUGGACGCGCUGCCGUCCAUCACCUCGCAGCAGCGCAAACUCGCAUCCGCUGCCAUGCGCUGGAGGAAAGCUCUGCAGGGAAGUAAAGAAAGUCAGGGAGCCUUCAGCGGAUGGACGGUCAUGCUAAACAUCGACCAGAGCAGAGAGUCCGGCUUCAGGCGGUUACUGCAGUCCGGCGGAGCCAUGGUCCUUCCCGGUCCGUCUCCUUCCCUGUACCGAGAGGCGACUCACCUGUUCGCAGAUUUCAGCCGGCUAAAGCCGGAAGACUUCAAAGUGGACGUAGCGGAGGCCAGGUCGCUCGGGGUCAAGUGUCUGAAGCCAGAGUACAUCGCAGAUUAUCUCAUGCAGGUGCCGACCCCCCCUGUGGAGCUGUACUUCCUGCCUGCAGCUGAAGACGCUCCCGACACGCCGUCACGUAAACGCAAAGCAGAACCAAACGCUUCCAGGCUGAAAAAGAGCCGCCUGAACUGAAAAUAUCACUUCAUAAAUACAAUUUCAACCACAUUAAAUUUCAUGUAAAUAAAACUUCACUUUUUUAAUGUACUAAAAGACAAUAAAAUGAAAGUAUCAGCUGUU